AUGAGAAGAAAAAAUCGACUGUUUAUAUUAGUUGUACUACUGGGAAUUGUGUUAGUAGUAUAUUACUCUCAGUUGAAUUCGUUAGAUUUGGUAGAACCAGUUCAAAGUAGCAGCAGUGGCAAUGGUGGCUGCUGGAGUUACUAUGAAGGUCUUACGCCUGGGUGGUUGAAUGACUUCUACGACGUAAAUCAAAUAACCCCGAAUCCUGCAAAAGAUGUGAUUGAACUGGUUACGAGGAUUAAGAUUUUUUUUAAUUGCUUGCAGCAGGUUGAUGGGCAUAAUAUUCAGCGUUUGAGGGAUAUUGAAAAGAAGCUCUUUCCGUAUAUUAACUUUGAAAAAUUAGAAACUGAUGAAAGUGCCUUCUGGCACACAACUACGAGAUGGAAUGGCGAGGUUUACCAUGCGUCUAUGUUGGAAUUUGACCCCAAAAACCAUCAAUUCCUUCGUUCUAAGCCCAUCAAUUUCGAUACAGGGCUAUCUUUUUGGGAGAAUUGGUUGCACACUGUGACUCAAAGUGGUUCGAAAGGCAUAGUUAUUAGUGCUUCUGACGUGCAGUUGAAUGAAACCAUACGCUUAUUGAAAGUGUUGAGGUUCAUCAAAAAUGAUUAUCCUAUACAGAUUGUUCAUAAUGCAGAUCUGAGUCAAGAUUCCAUGAAAUCUAUUAUCAAAUAUGCGAGAAGUCUAGACACCGCUGAAUAUCCUGCUCAAGAAUUAUGGUUUUUAAAUGUACAUAGUCUGCUAAACCCGAAAUAUUCGAAAAAAUUUACCACCUAUUCCAACAAGUGGUUAGCAUUGACCUUCUCAUCCUUUGAAAUUCCUAUUCUAAUGGACUCAGAUACAGUGCCCUUUGUUUCAAUAGAAAAAUUUUAUGAAUUAGAGGAAUUUCAAAAGACUGGAGUUCUAUUCUUUAAAGAUCGGGUAAUAUCAGAUGAUCUAUUUGAAUCCUCUGAAUUAAAAAUUCUAAGGGAAAUUGUCUAUGGGUGUAUUGGGCUUGAUUUAGAGGAUGAAUCCAAGAUACAUGAGCAAGUAGAGGAUCCAGUGGUUGCACAGGUUCUGGAAAACAUGUUUAUAAAGAAAUAUAAACAUCAUUUGGAAAGCGGCCUGGUAAUAUUGCAUAAAGGAAAGCAUCUCUUCAGUAUGCUUACUUCAAUAGCUUUACAAUUUUCUCCAAUUGCAGAAUAUUUUCAUGGUGAUAAGGACUUUUUUUGGCUGGGCGAAUUACUUUCGAACAAUCGCUUUACGUUCCAUCCUGUGGAUGCAUCAAACAUUGGUCAGUUGGGCAAUGUAGUUUCAAAAGAGAGUACCGGUGAGUUUUACCAGAUUUGUUCUGUGCAACUAUCUCAUACAGACAGGGACGGGUCCUUGCUAUGGCUAAACGGGGGCCUUAAUAUUUGUAAAAAAACUUCAUGGGAAUACGAUUAUGAGCAUAGACAGAGACUAAAUGAUAUGUUCCAAAAUGCAGAUGAAUUACGUGAAUAUUAUGCAUCACCAGUAAAACUUGAAGGGAUUAUAAUACCAGAUACUAGUAUAUCAGGAUGGAUUAACUCAGGAGAGUGUUUUUUGUUCAAUUAUUGCACAUUAUUCAAGGAAGGUGAGUUUGGAAAGUUGAUCAAAUUUAAAGAAGACGAAAAGCUCCGGCUUUCACAAAUAGUCGACAUAUGGAAUAAAGAUAUUUGA